CUCAAGUUACGAAGAUUACAAUUCCAUCGGGCUUGGGAUGAUAAAUUUUGACAUCAGUUGCAGAAGACGUCAACUUUCAUGAUAUUUUUCAUCAAAUGUAGAGUAGUUUUACAAACAUUUGGUAAAUGAAGAAUUCGAAGGUAAUUUAAUUCACGAAUAUCAUGAAAAUGGAGGGUGAUCGACCCAAUAGGACCACUCCAAAGCGGAAUAAAAUUAGUAGAUGCUUCAUAUCUAGCGCUAGGAGUGUCCUCCAUUUUUUAGGAAUUCACAAUCAUUCUGACGAUGAUGAAAUCUGGGAGCAACGAACACUGGAAAGAAUCGAGAAUAAAGCAUUUGGACAGUGGAAUAUUGACAACUCCAAUGAUGAUGCAACAGAGGGGCUGGUCAGGGAGGUGUGGUCCACCGUGUCGGAGGUCCUGUCCGAGGAUGACCACAUACCACAGGAGGCAGAAACACAGUCGAGUCAAAACAGAGAAGCAGAGUUCAACUCAAUCACAGAGGAUAAGCAGUACAAGAAGCACAGACCACCAAAACAUGACUGGAAUCAAUCAGCAAAAAGUAUAAAAGAUGUAUCACAAGGUCCUUUGGAUAACGAGCAGGUAUUACCAACUGAUUCUACAUCUCAUUCAACAAAUACCAUGCAAGAUUCAUCAAUGAAAUAUCAGGAAGGAGAAAUCCCCACCCUGGGCUCCCCAGAAUCUAAUGUUCAAUCUAAUCAGGACAAAAGCGAGUCUCCCACAGCCAAUGAGAGUCCAACUUCCAGUAGUCAGAAUGACCAAGCAUCUAUCCAAAACGUGGAUAAAGACCCUGAAGAUGGAGAAGCUGAAAACUUGGAAAAUUUCUCUCCAAGUGAAAAAGUGGGCAGUGAUAAACCUGAUCCACAACAGCAGGAACAGCCUGAAGGUUCUGGAGUACCAUCUUCUCAGGAUACUGUGGGCAGUGGUGGCAAUAUAGAGUCGGAUGAGCCAAAGAAAAGCCAUAGUGGUGAAAACAUAGAAAUGACUUCUCUUAAAGUCACAGUGAAAGAAAGAGGUACAGAAGAAGACACUGAAACAUGUCUAAAUGAACACAAUGAAAAUCAGGCAAAAGAGGAGAUGGAAACAGUGGUGCAAGAGACUUUACCAGAACAGCCACAGCCGACAGAGGAGUUAUAUGAUGCUCCAAAUACAGAUACAGGUACCUCUGAAUGUGUUGAAAGAGAGUUGAAAGAGGCCCCGAAUUUUGCAAUGAAAGAGGAUCAUAAGACCUCUGAACAUGAUAUGAAUGUAGAGGUUCCUAACAUCACCAAUAAUGAUGAAGAUAAGGUUCCAGGCUCCUCGAAUAACACCGCUGAUAGUGAUGAAAAUAAGGUCUCUCGUACCUCAGACAAUGAUGUGAACAUCACUGAAAAACAAAAAAGUGUACGAUUUUGUGAGGUAGAAGACAAACAUGAAAGUAAUGACAUGGGAAAGGCACAUCUCAGUGAAAUGAAGGAGAUAAGUAACAUGUCUGGUGCUCAGUUGAAAGAUGCCCUAGAUUUAGCUGGAGGAGAGAUGACGGCUGAUGAACAGAGAAAGUUAAAUGAAAUUUUAAACUCUGGAUUGCUGGCUUAUGGAAAGGAGGCGUACAGAAAUUAUUCCUUAUAUGUACAGAUUGAAAGAAAGAACAAAGUAAGAAAAUUGAGAGAAUCCAGGGAGCUUGCGAUGGACAAGAUGGAAUGGAGAAUAUCAAAGUUAGAUGAGAUCAUUGACACAGCCAGAGAGUACUACCAGAAUCCAUCGGGAAAGUCUGCCCAGGCUUGGAAUGACUUGCGACAGAGCAUCAAGUCCAAUACUACAGUACGACUGGGCAGUGAUACCGAUGUGGAUAUCCGAUUCAAGCUCACAAAACUCCACUCACAUAGACCAAUCUUUACAAAUACCAUUAUGCUAAUUCAACUUUUGGUAUUUAGUGUAUUGUGUUACUUUGGUGGACUCACUAAAAUUGGGUUUGAGCCAGUAUUGGAGCUUUCAGAGGGUAUCCCUACAUUUCUGGGCAAAGAGACAGUCCAUCGGUGGGUCAAACCCAACAUCUGGAUCGGACCUAAUGAGAAGUACUGGAUAAGUGUUGGAGCAUUGUUUUCAUCCUGUAUGAGGGAAGACUACAGGUUGAUGUUGGAAAUCAGCAAGAGAAACUACAGUUCCUCCGCUGUUUUGGGUUGUUGUGAAGUAGCCAUUAGAAAUACAGCUGGUACGAUGACUCAGGAGGAAUGUGACCAAGAAACAGGAGGUGUUGGGGUGUGGAAGAGUGGCGUCCCUUGUGGAUCUAGAGCUGUUGCUGAGAUGAGUGUGUCCCACAACAUCAAGCCUUGCUGUGUUAACACCAUGGGUGAAUGUAGAAUGGUGUCCCACCAACACUGUCACUUCUUGAAAGGAAUUUAUCAUAAGGACAACAGAGAGCACUGUAGCCAGGUGAACUGCAUUGGUGAAUUUUGCACAGGGAAGCUGGGGUUCAUGAUAAAGAUGGCCUCCAAGCCUGACAAGCCCUGGCUUCCUGAGUCCCCCCAACAGUGGUGGAGACUUCCCUUGUCUUUGCUGUAUCACUAUGGUAUCAUCCACUGUCUACUUGUGGUGGGAGCCCAGUCAUUGUUAUUACGUCAGAUAGAGAUCACCAUAGGUUGGCUUCGUAUGAUGAUUUUAUAUAUAGUCUGUGGAUGUGGUGGCUUAUUGGCUGCAGUCAUAUUCAACCCCUACCAGCCUCACGUGGGAGCCACUGGGGCACUGUUUGGGGCAGUGGGUCUGCUGUUUGUAGAACUCGUCCACUUCUGGUCCAUCAUCAGAAGACCCUGGCUAGAACUCAUUAAACUGCUCACUGUUAUGGCUGUUUUCAUCUUCUCUGGGACUUUGCCAUAUCUUAACAUCUUUUCCAUUCUGGCUGGACUUUUACUGGGGAUGUUGUGUGCCCUGGGACUGCUGCCCUACAUCAGCAUCAAGAGACAUAAAGCCCUGUGUAGGAUCAUAGUGGUGGCUGUUUCCAUUCCACUGGUCAUCACAACUUUUUUUGUCAUGUUUUAUGUUUUCUAUAGGGUUCAACUCCUGGAGAACUGCAAGUUCUGUAAGUUUGUCAACUGUUAUCCUUAUACUGAAAAUAUGUGCAAGUUACUCGAUUAGUUUUGGGAUUUUUUUAAUGUGGGAUUUUCAUAUUUGAGGAUUUGAAUACUGAACAAAUGAUGCAUAUUGAUAGUACAUGUAGUUAACAAAAUUUUAAUGUCUUUUGGUAUUUUGUGCAUAAAGACCAUCUUUUAUAUCUGAUGGAUUGUAUUUGUUUAGUCAGUAAUAUCUUUGUAUGAAUCUCUCUUAAUUUAAAUAUUUUAUUCAUUAAAUAAAUCACUGAAGAAUGAUUUCCACUUACUAGUAAUGUAGAAAUUGAUAUCAUUGGCAAUACAUGAUACAUGUACAGUGUAGCCAGUUUAUGUCAUCUGA